AUGGAGAAUUACCUAAAAUCCUCGAUCCUGGGCCGGGGUUCGUACGGAACGGUGUAUAAAGUUCUGUCUCGGACGAGCGAACAAAUCUUCGCGUUAAAAUGUACCGGUGUACCUGACUCGAAUAAGGGAGUGGAGGAUUCCACUGUGAGAGAACUCUCCUGUCUCACCGCACUUAAAGGACACCCUAAUGUGAUCCAGAUACACGACUGCUUUAUAGAUAACGGACAGGUGGCGAUGGUCAUGGACUAUGUACCGUAUACUCUGGCGCAAAUCAUUCACAAUGGCCAUGGGGUCAAAUUUUAUUACGAUGAGUUCCAGUGUACACCUUUAAUCCCCGAGAGUUUCAUAGCACAUUUCUCGACCCAGGUCGCGAAUGCUCUGUCUUACAUGCACGGGCUGAACAUAAUACACCGAGACCUGACACCCUCCAAUAUACUAGUAACCGAGGACUUGGUUAUACAGGUUGCUGAUAUGGGCAUGUCGAGACAUGCUUCGCGAUGGAUGAGUCCGGCUGUGGUAACAGAACCCUACCGAGCUCCGGAGGUCUGCAAAGCGUUGGCGGAGAAGAAAGAGUGUACAGAGUACACUUGUGCAAUUGAUAUGUGGAGCCUGGGUGUUAUGAUCGCGGACGCGUUUGAGGGUCACAUGGUAUUCCAAGCGCGUAAGCGCGACAUGACAACGUAUGAUCUGAUUCUACGGAGCGUAGAACACGAAAACACCGAUCGGAUCUCGAUGGAUCAACGGAUAGAUUUAAAGGACAUAAUCCCAAACGUUAUGAGUUCCAGUCUGGCGAGAAAUAUCGUGAUGAGCAUAUUGGUUUUUCGCGAAACUGAGAGACUCACAGCACGCGAGUUCUUACGGAAAACGGAAUGGACCCAACUCGCUUCCAUGACCGAAGAUGAUAUACAAUUGGUCAAGAAGCAGAUUGCAAGAAGCGUGAAGUGGCGUGAAGAAGCUCAGGAGGAACGUGAUGCUGAACGGGAUCUGAAGUGUCAUGAGACAUUUGAGGACUCUGAUUGA